UUUCUUCCUUACUUGGAUUCCCAUCUUCCGUCUUUCUUGUUUAUUUCUAGACGCAGCAGGCGAGGCGAUCCGCCGGAGACGGAGAAAUAAGCUGCUAGGUCGCCGGCCAGAGGCGGCAGGCACCACUGAGGGCGCGCCACGACGCGCUGACGCAGCUCCUGAUGUCAUGUCAAUCGAAUAAUCAAUCCAUCGUUGCAUGGGCGACAACAAGCUGGGCCAGCUGCUGGCUCUCGACGCGUCGCCGCGCCCGCUCGCCUUGCUCCACCUGCCGCCGAGGGGGAUGUCGGCGGACCACCACCCAGCAGGCGGAAGCAGCAGCUUAAGGAGGCAGAGGUCGUCCGUCGAGGUGGACUUCUUCUCCGACGACAAGCACAAGGAGGGCGCGCCGCCGGGCCUCGCCAUCAACAAGGAGGACCUCACCAUUAACCUCCUUGCAGCCGCGGCUGGGGACAGCAGCAUAAACAAGGAGGACACCAAGAAGAUGGUGCAGCAGCAGCUGCCGGCCUUGCAGGCGGAGCUUGGCCGCAUGAACGAGGAGAACCAGCGCCUGCGGGGGAUGCUCGCGCAGGUCACCACCAGCUACCAGGCGCUCCAGAUGCAUCUGCUGGCGCUCAUGCAGCCGCAGCCGCAGCCGAUCCCCCAUCUUCCUCCGCCGCCGCCGCGACAGCCCGAGGAGCCGGCGUCCAACUCGUCGACGGAGGUGGUGGGCAGCCCGCGGCGGUCGUCGUCCACCGGCAACAACAAGGACCACCUGCAGCUGCAGGCGGACAGCCCGGACGCCGCGGGGUGGCUGCCGGCGGAGGGGCGGCAGCAGCAGCAGCAGGAGGCAAGCAUGAGGAAGGCUCGCGUCUCGGUGCGCGCGCGCUCCGAAGCUCCAAUCAUCGCCGAUGGUUGCCAGUGGCGCAAGUACGGGCAGAAGAUGGCCAAGGGCAACCCCUGCCCGCGAGCCUACUACCGCUGCACCAUGGCCAGCGCCUGCCCCGUCAGGAAGCAGGUGCAGCGCUGCGCCGAGGACCGCUCCAUCCUCAUCACCACCUACGAGGGCACGCACAACCACCCGCUGCCGCCCGCCGCCAUGGCCAUGGCCUCCACCACCUCCGCCGCGGCCUCCAUGCUGCUGUCGGGAUCCAUGCCCAGCGCCGACGGCACGCCCAUGACCUCCAACAGCUUCCUGGCGCGCGCCGUGCUGCCCUGCUCCUCCAGCAUGGCCACCAUCUCCGCCUCGGCGCCGUUCCCCACCGUCACGCUCGACCUCACCCACGGCCCGCCCAGCGCCGCAGCCGCACGCCCGGCCCCGCUCGCGCCGACGCAGUUCCACCACCUGCCGCUCUACAACCAGUCCACCAAGUUCUCCGGCCUGCACAUGUCCUCGUCGCCAUCAGCAGCAGACGCGCCGCCGAUCGGGAUCGGUGGUCUGGCCGACACCGUCAGCGCCGCGGCGGCCGCCAUCACAGCGGACCCCAACUUCACGGUGUCGCUGGCGGCGGCCAUCUCGUCCAUCAUAGGAGGAGGCGGCCAGCAGCAGCUGCACGGGCUGCAGGGCGCCAACAACAACAAUAAUAACGUCACGAGCAGCAGCAACAACACCAACAGCGAAACCCAGUGAAGGAAACCAUUUAUAUACAUAUAUAUCAUCAGAUUAGUAUAGCAGCUCAUCAAAUGAUUUUAAUUUGCAUUGCAGCAGCAAAAGCUAGCUAUCUAGUUGUAUUCAUUCAUUACGUCGUGUUUAAUUUCUUGCUGAUUAUAUAUAUUCUAGGGUUUAUUAAUUAGUUAUUAGUUUCUGCAUGCUGCCAAGGCUUAGCUAGCUAGCUAGCUAGGUGUUGAUAUACAUACUUCAUACUCCUUGUAUGUAAUAAUAAUAACAGGAUUAAUUACUCUCUCU